AUGUCUCAAUCAUGUUCAAUUCACCAAUGUACUCGUAUAUCACGUCGGCUAUGCGAUUGUUACCAGCAAAAUCUUUGUCUACAACAUAUAAAUGAACACAAUACUGUGCUCAUAUCUCAGCACAAUCCUUUAGUUGGUGAAAUCAAUACAAUUGGUGAUCGUCUCAAAGCUCUAAAUAUUCAAAAAACAAUGGAGUAUAGUUGUCAAAAACUUGAGGUAUGGCGUCAAGAUAGUCAUAACAAGAUCGAUUGCUUUUUCGGAAAAAUAAUGUCAACAACUUGCCAAUAUGUCAAUUAUUCGUCAGCUAAAAACAAACAUGAAUAA